CGUUCGAUUCCCCUCUUUCCGCCCCUCGAUUCCCCUCUUUCCGCCCCUGUUCUUCUAUCCUUCGACCGAAUGCCGCUGGAACCCUAGAUUCAGAUCUGAAGCCCAGGUCACUUCUCCCUCUUUCGCACUGUGUUAAUCGGACUAGUUCUAGUUUGGCUGGAGUUCAGACUGGUACAAAAUGGUUUAUCAUUCUAGUUUUGUUGAUGAAGAAGGGAUAACGAAAGCCUGUGGUUGCCCCCUUCUUCCGUUGAAAACUCAUAUUAAGGGUCCUGCUCCUGUCUCAGAUCAAGACAAAAUCGACAUUGUUGAUGAGGCAAUAACUUUCUUUCGAGCAAAUGUUUUCUUUAAAAAUUUUGACAUCAAGAGUCCAGCUGACAAGCUCCUUAUCUACUUGACAUUUUACAUCAAUGUGGCUCUGAAACGGCUGGAGGGUUGCAGAACUCUUGCUGUGGGGACCAAAGCUAUCAUUAAUUUGGGCCUAGAGAAGGUUCCUGUGCCUGGAGAGCCAGGUUUUCCUUUUCCUGGUCUUUUUUCCGUUCCACAGUCUCAGGAUGAAGCAGAACUAUUCAGGAACUAUUUGAAGCAGAUAAGAGAGGAGACAAGUGGAAGGCUGCUUAACUGUGCUUAUAGGCCUAAUGGCACCCCUAACAAGUGGUGGCUAGCUUUCGCAAAGAGGAAGUUCAUGAAUAUAGUUGUUCUCUAGUGUUUUGGCUUCAAAUGGAAUUUGUGAAUGUAGCAUGUGAACUGUAAAGCCAUUAACCUGCUUUUGAUCCUCCCACAAUUCAACUGGGGACUGCAAACUUGAUGAUAUCCAAAUUGUUGAGUGAACAAGCAGAGUAUAGUACUGGAAUAAGAACGCUGUAUGCAAACAAGUCUUGUAAAAGAGGUCCUUAAUGUCUUUGUUUGGUCA